AUGAAUGCGAACGACAACAGCUUCAGUGCAGCAUGGAAAAUUGAUACGAGUGAAGUUGAGAGGCAGCAGUGGGAGGCAUUGAUUCAGCAUAAGCUUGAUUCUGCCACUGCUGCCAAGAAGAAGGCUACAGGGAAGCAGGCAUCUGAUUCUGCCAAGGAAACUUGUUUUGCAGGUGUUGUGCUGGUGCUCGAUCAAAACCAACUCGUAUGCUUGCUUGGUCCAGCUCUCAAGGAUCAGAUUGAGGUUUAUUGCUGUCUAGGAGCAGAGAAGCAUAUUCCACUCAAAUCACACCUCAAGAGCAAGUCACAGCACCUUGAGUUGCUCAAGAAGCUUUUGGGUCAUCACUCAGCAUGUUUACAAGUGCUGCACAUAGGAUACUUUAGCAUAAUCUACACUAGUUUCCACCACAAUAUAAUGCACAAUAACUGCUUUGCUGUUGAGUACGCACUCGGUUUCAAGAAAAUGGACCAUUUAGGGGUUUUUGGCUUAUAUAAGCGUCACACUUUGUUGAAUUCCUCAGACCAGCCCCAACGUACUGGUGGUAUCCAGGAUGAACUUGACUCAAUGCAAUCCAAGACAUACUCAGAGAAGAGGGCUUGCUUUGCAGAGAUGUUGGGGAAGCACAAACUCACUGGCAAACCCAGCUCCAAGGAUCAUCAACUGGUGUGA